ACACGGAAGCCAACUUCGGCGUUGGUAUAUGGCGGGCUAUUUUGACUGAACGGACAGGCUGUGCUCCUCCUAGCCGGUGCGAAAACUUAAAUGCGCGUCUCUGUACUGCUUACAGAGAGAUUUGUCGUAUAGUUCUCGCUUCAACGUGAGUCUGUCAAGAAAAAAAAAAAAAAAAAAAGACAACCCGGUUCCAGCCUGCAGAGAGCGAGCCUGCCCGGAAGCGUCACUCAAUAAUGGAGAAAUCUUCCUCGGAAGAUUCGCGUCGAAACGCCCACAGCCUCUCGCACGGCGGAAAGGUCGUCCUCUUUACCUGCAAACCCGACCCGGGCGCCGACGGGAGCGAAAGAAGCGGCCUGACAUUCCGCACUUUCUACUUUGAACGUGAAGGCAACGCGUUCGUGAAGGCAACAGAGGGGGCGGCCGCCAUCAGCAGGAAGCUGGCGGCCCGCGUGGACGUCGUAACGUGUGAAAGUGCGUUGGACGUCCAGAGGAGGCUCAAGACUCCGUUUGUUUUGGUGACAAAGAGGAGCGAGAAGGGGGGCAGCUUCCAGUACAGCCUGCUCACACUCGCCGGCUCACCAAACCGGCUGGAGCCCUGCAUCGAGUUCAAGCUGCCCUAUCAAAUGAAGGGCAAGGUGCGCAUCCUGCAGGGCCCCACGGUGCUGUGGUGCCAUGGCAACAGCGCGUUUUACACGUCCCCCCUGGCAGCGGGCGUCAGGGAGGUACCCGUUCAAACCUCGCGCUGGCUUUUUGGAGAACUUCCCAUCCAUAAAGGGCAACUUUUUGCUCUUGGGCUUUCAGAGCCGCUGUUAACCAACCAACCCCAGUCGACGCUUGGCUAUUUCCUCGAGUUGGGCCAAGUGUUUGACGGCUCUUUGAUUUUACCCCGUCCCUAUCUCUGCAUCACGCAGUGCGUGCGCGUCCUCCGGGCUGACGGCGAGGGCGACGCGCUGAGGUGCGCGGUGGUUGCCGCCACCUCGCAAAAGCAGCUGGUGCUUUUUGAAAACGGGACAGUGAGGGACACGUGUGAGCUGCCCUUUGAGCAGGCCGACGACGUUCAGGUGGUUAACACCGGAAGAAGCGGGUGUCUGCUCCUUGUGCUCUUUAAACAGGGGCAUGUGUGUGCUGUAUGGAAGGAAACAUUUCAGAUAGCCUGUUGCUGGUCAGAGGUCAGCUCCGCCCACGUGGGAGAUUUCCUGGGAUGUGGAACGGAGCAGGCGCUGCUGCUCUUCGGGGGUCCAGUGUUAUCCAGGGAGCCGCUGGAAAAAUUCCUCAUCACUGACCUCUGUGGUAUUUCUUACUCAAGUGGUCAAGACUCUGAAGCGCCAAAGACGAGCCUACCCCCUCAAGAAAACUCACUCUUCACUCUUCAAGCUCUGGAAUCCAGAUUACAGAGUGGAUUGAACGUCCUUCAAGAGCUUGAAAGAGAAGUGAGAGUGAAGGACAGAGUUCUGCAGCAAUCAAUCCAAGUCCUCGCUGAGAUGCUGUCGGGGAGGGAGGCCGUCCUCAGCCAGCCCGAGCAGGAAGGCCUUGUUGCCCUGUGGGACAGCGACGAGGGCUCCGACGGCGAGACUCUGGAUGACAAGAUGCAUGAAACGCCGGCGCCGUCUUCCAAACCUAAAGCUGACAAGCUGUGGCAUCGCAUCACUGGGGACCAGCUGGUUGUUGGACUGAUACUAUCUGCAGAAAGUGGCCUACCAGCGAGCGGUGUGAGCUUAUCCCUCCUGACAGAGCCGGGCCAGAGCUCGCCUGCGGUAAUCCAGACCCGGAGCCAAGUGUUCUGGCUGCCUGCGCGCGGCCCCCCCACUCCCACCCUCCCCGCCUCGUCAUCUGGCCGGCCGUUCUCGGAGCCCGCUGCCAAAAGAAGCAAGCGGCGCGUCGCCGGCGACGAUCCCGAGGCGCGCAGGCUGGCCGUGACUGCGGCGACCGAGCUGGCGCCUCUGCUGACCUCUGGCUGUGUCAAGUGCCGCGCCAUGCUUCAUUACGUGGAGGAAGGAGAGUCUCUUGUCCCUGAGAGCCGCCCGGCAACAGCUGUACUGCACUGCGGGGAUGUUUCAGUUAACGUUCAUGAUCUCUGCCAGAAGCCUCUACUGCAGAACCCUCAAAUCAGAUCAGAUGAGAUUAGAGAAGACCUGCUGAGCCUGUUGACCGUUCUGGAUCACUGGCUCUUUCGCAUUGACUCUCCAGAUUAUAGUUUGGGUGACGUAGAUGGCUGGAUCAAGAGGAGAGAGGGUUUUAAAAAGAUAGAAGUGAGCCCUGAGCAUCUACUUUUGGAUUCCCCUGGAUGUUCUGGUCCAAUGCUGCUGCGCUGGCAUCAGAUAAACCCUUUCCAAGGAAAUUUAUCCAUCCACUCCAGCCAAUUACAAAUGCUCCAGUUCUUGGACUCCAUGCUGACAUACCUCCCUGAUUCUUGCUCCAUCCAGCCUGUCAAGUGCACAACACGUCAGAGCACAGCUGAAGACUUUGCUUCUGCUCUGGAAAAAGAGGUGCUGUCACUCAGAGAGGGCUUAUCCUCACUUCUGUGUGGCAAAGAGGAAGAAGAGAGCAAUAAGGGGCGCACUGGACACGAGGAGAUUCAAGGGCCUGGUUCUGCAGAGGAGCUCAUUAGGUGUAGGAGGGAGGCGUGGCAGCAGAACGUGGAGAAGAGCAGGGUGAGGCUGAGCCCCCUGGUGGAUGCCGGGAGGUAUCGCGAGAUGAUCAAAAGCAUUUCAAAAGUCAAGAUGGACGCAGAUUUGGCAGCUCUUCAACAGGCACAGAUGACGGGUCAACUGAGAUGUUGGGAAGAUGGUUUCUGUUGAAAGUACUUGUUACCUGUUUCUCUACUACAAAACACUGGCACUGAUAAACACAGAUUUAAUAAAAAAUUGGUAAAAUA